CCUACAUAAAAAACAAAACCAGAGAACGUAUAUCAUGAUAUAGGGUGGCGGUGUACUACAAAAUCUUAUAUGUUUUGGAAAUAGUGUUCAGCUUAAAAAUUUAAAAUUAUUAUAAAAAAAACUAUUAAAAGAGUAGGAAAAGAUGUUGUAUUACAAAUAAUUCUUAUAAAACGUUUAUAAUAAUUUAAUAAUAGUGGCACGAUAUAGAUGUUAGCGUUAACUUGCCAUAAGAUGUCGCUACAAGCGGACAACAGAGAACGUAUAUCAUAAUAUACGAUCUCUGACAAAAGAACCGACGUAGAAACGACAAUAUCAGCAAAGUUGUUGUCAAUUUAUAUUAUUAUUUCGUUGCAACUUAAAGUGUAGUUGUUUUCUACAGAAUCAAAUUAGUUUUGGAACUUUUUCGGAAUGGGUAAUAAAUCUUCAUUGUUACUUCGUGCGGAGGAAAUCGCUCAAAUUCAAGAAGAGACGGGAUUCACUCCUAAUCAAAUUGAACGACUAUAUUCCCGUUUUACUUCAUUGGAUCGCGGAGAUUGCGGUACGUUAUCUCGUGAAGACUUCCUGCGAAUUCCUGAAUUGGCAAUUAACCCCCUCUGUGAACGCAUCGUACAUGCUUUUUUCGAAGAUAGUACUGAUGACCGUGUUAAUUUCCGACAAUUUAUGAAUGUUCUGGCUCAUUUCCGACCAAUUAACUCCAAAAAGGAAAAUGGCUUAAACAGUCGCGAAGAAAAGCUAAAGUUUGCAUUCAAAAUGUAUGACUUGGAUGAUGACGGUGUUAUAAGUCGCGAUGAGCUAUUGAGCAUCCUUCACAUGAUGGUCGGAGCAAAUAUAAGUCAAGACCAGCUGACAAGUAUAGCCGAACGCACUAUUUUGGAAGCAGAUUUAUGUUGUCAAGGAAAAAUUUCCUUUGAAGACUUUUGUAAAGCACUGGAGCGCACUGACGUGGAACAGAAAAUGUCAAUUCGAUUUCUCAAUUGAACGAGCGAUUCCCAGUUUUUAUUAAGAGCUUGUCUGACAUUAUGUAAAAAUAUGCCUAAGAAGUCACGCAAUGUUUGCUCUAUUGUGGAAUUAUUAAAUUCGAAGGUCUUACAAAUAUAGUUUUCAAAAAUAUAUUGAUUUUUACAUAUGGUUUCCGAUAAA